AUGUGCGAUAUGUCGAUUCAUGUGAGUUUCACAGAAAUUUACGGAUUUUCAUUUUUAUUGUCGAGACUUUUAGGACCAAAUAAAACUGGCUUCUGAAUGGGGAUACAAUCAAGAUGACAUAAUCGCAGCUCUGAAAGCAAAUACAAAAUCAUCGGAUAACUCAAAAGAAUUCGAAAGAUUUAAUAGUUUCGAUGAAAUGUUGGACAUUUUGAACAAAGUGUCUGGUAGAAAUGAUAACGCAUUGAAUAAUAAUUGUGGGAGUUCAAGUAGCAACGGAAAACCAGGGUGAUAUAUUCUUAUAGAAAUCAAUCUAGCUGAAUCUCUGAAAUUUCAGAGAUCUAAUGUCAACUUCUACCUACGAAUAUCCAUCUAGACGAAACUUGUCAGUAGGAAGAUCAUCCUCGUUUCACUUAUCGACACCUAGGUGAUUAAUUUUUUAGGAUGAAAAUAUCUCAUUUCCAAAAUUCCAGAUCAACUCGCGAUUCUCAUGACAUUGUUCGUCUUUUGGCAACUUUGGAAAAGGAAAAAGAGAGAGAUCGAAAAGAAGUCGAAAGUCAAUUUAUUAUUCUGAAAAAUAGAAUAAAUCAUCUAGAAAUUGAAAAGGAUAGUCUACAAAGAGAAUUUCGUCAGCUCAAAAAUGACUAUGAAAUUGGAGAUCAAGAAUUGAAAGAUGCUCAACAAGAAUUGAGACAUCUUAUGGAAGAAAAAAUCGAGGCGGCUGAUAAACUCGAUAAACUGGUGAGUAAUUUUUUGUUUUUUCUCUAAUGAUGAGUUUUCGUUCAAGACAAUUCAAAAUUAUCGACAACAACAAGAAAUACACGAUCAAAAAGAAUUGGCAGAACAUCGAAAGAAAAUCUAUCUCGAGGAAAAAGUUCGGAAAGAUGAGGAGAUUUUGUGUCUUCAAAAACAGAUAGCGAACCUUGAAGAAGACCUUCAAAGGAAUAUUGAAAAUCUGGAAACUCAGAAAGGUGUUGCUCAACGAUUAGAAGAACAAAACUAUCAACUUCAACCCCUGGUUUUGUUGGAUGAAAUUCGAAAUAAGAAUUCAAGUUUGGUAGAGCUAACAAAUCAAUUGAUUCCAGGAAUAACGCAAGUUCAAGGUCUAUAUAAACAAAUGGUAAGUUCAAUGAUGAAUCUGAAUAGUUGAAAAAAUAUGUUUCAGCUCGAAAGCUAUCCAAAUAUGGAGCGAAACUUCCGCUUGGAAAUGGAUAAAAAAUCCAAAAGGAUAGCAGAAGUUGAAGAGAAGCUGAACUCAAAAAAUCGUGAAUGUCAAAGACUUCAAGAAAAAUGUGUGAACGAGUGUUGCAUUUGUCUAAAUACGAAGCCAUCGAUUGUCUUUUUACCUUGUCGCCAUCUCAUUUCUUGUUCUGAAUGUUAUGAAACAUCAGAUAUUCGUGAAUGUCCAACGUGUCGAACAUCAAUUGAUAAUUCAAUUACUGUUUUUAUGUGA